AUGAACCGACGAGAGCACGAUCCGCUGAAAAUGGAGCCGGUUCCCGUAACGAUCGAGCUGCUCGGGGAGGUCGUCGACGGCAGCAGCCCCCCGCGGUUGGGCCCGCUGUCGCAAGAGAGCCAGAAGAUCCUGAGACUCCCGUUGCCGCACGAGCCCCCGCGGUUGGCCCCGCUGCGGGAGCUCGUCAGGGAGAAGGCCGCGCGCCUCCGUGUGCAGAUCGAGGCGGAGUCCAUCGACGUCGACAUCGUGCGCAGCUCCGUCUGGAUCGCCGACAUGCUGUUGCAUCCGCCCCACGGCGGCUGGAUCAGCCUGCAGCACCGCGUCCAUCUCGCCGCAGGGAUACAGACGAGCAAGGAGCACUGGCGCCUCGGCGAGUCGCUGAAGAUGGUCUCGGAGAAUGAGAAAAAGGGGCACAUCGAGGUCAAGUACCGGAUCUGGGGCCGGCGCCACUUGAAGCGGGACCAGGAGGACUUGCUGGCCUCCGACGGCUUUUGGGACCGCGCGAUCGUCGGAGUGGUCAAGCUGCUCUUGGAGAACUCGGCCCGCACCAUCCGGCACCAGCUCGACGAGCAGCGGGCCAAGUUCUCCAGGCGGCUGGUGGAGUUCCUCGCCAACUGCCAGCAGGAAGAGGAGCUCCUGCCCGCUUUCGAGGACCCGCUCGUGCAGCUCCACGCCGCCCAGGUCCUGCACACGCAGAGCAAGAACAGCGUGGCCUCCUCCUCGUGCCCCGGGUUCGACAGGACUCGCGCUGCUGGGACCGCGCGGAUGCUGGCGAGGAGCCUUGAGCCGGAAUACCCCGACAGCGCCACGUUCGACCCGUACUCGAAGGUGUCGUACCGGAUUGUCAGCCGCAUCGCCGACGUGUUGCAGGGGAAGUUGAGCGGGGAUGACAACAAAACCAUCCAGGACCUGGCGCGCGCGGAGGCGGAGAUGUGGGAGCUGGGGGCGAUGCAGAAGAGCAUCCAGAAGGCCAACGACCACUUUGCCGACGAGGAUCCCGAGGUGGAGCACUUCAUCAGCGACCCGGACGCAAGGUCCAGGCACGACGGCCAGGCCGGCGGGAGCGUCCAGGUCCAGUUCGCCCCCGACGCGAGGCUGUUGCAGAUCAUCGCGAAACAUGUGCGGAAGGUAGCGAGCGCGUCGGAGUCUUGCGUCGACAAGGACCAGCAGAGGGACAUCCAAGAGAGGCUUUCCGAGUACAGCACGUUGGUCAAGGAGCAGGAAAGGAGCAUGAAGGAGGCCGAGCAGCAGGGCGUGGCGAAGCGGCCAGGCGGCGGGCUGUGGCAGCCGCAGGCCCUGGCGCUCGCCGGCGGCCCCGAGCGGUCGGGCUGGCGCUCCAAGUCCAAGGAGCCCGAGGAAGCGAGCAAGAGCCCGAGGAAGGCGAGCAAGAAGGGCAAGCAGAAGGAGCCGCAGAAAGUGCAGACCCACACCGAGAUCCUGCUGGAGUCGCUGCAACGCCACGAGUCCCUGGGCGCUUCUGGGAACGUGCAGCUGUUCACGGAGAGGCCCAGCGAGAUCCACGGCAGCGACCUGCGGAGCUGGCAGUUGUCGCCGCUCCAGGCGGCGAAGCGGUCUGCCCCGGCGGCGGCCUCCGUCGAGGAUGUCGCUCUGCAGCCAGCACGGCCGCGAUCUGGAAGUGUCUCGUCAGCAACGGCCAACUCACCAGCGCGGUCUAAGCACCAGGUUGCGCAGGGCGAACAGGUCCCGAUUUGCUUCUACAGGCUGGACAGGAAGAGCAUCCGGGCCCACGAGGGAGGCAGGAGGGGCCUCCUGGAGUUGCACUUCACCGAGGUCGGCGGCGCCCGCGGGCCGCCGCGCCGCUGGGCGGCGGCCGCGGUGGCUGCGGGCUGCCUGCGGCCGGGCGGGUGCAGGCCGAUGGCGCUGCAGGCGCACGUCAGGGAGGAGCUGCGGCGGUCGGACUCCCUCGACGCGGCCGCGACGCACUUGCUGUGGUUCAUGGGCAUGGAGGCGGACGGCGGCGGCAAGGCGUUCCCGGACCUGUUCCGGAGGUACGAGCUGAACCUCACGGGCGGGUCCUGGGCGGCGGGGGACUGCGCCGCGGGCGCCGCUGGCAGCGCCGGGGCCCUGGAGGCCUGCGUCUGCCGCAAGCUGGAGGGCCUCCGGGCCCUCUGCUCGGUGCCCCGCACGCUGCCUCGCGAGGGGGCGGCGCCGAAGGCGCAGGGCCGCUACGGCCGCCGGGCCCUGCGGGCCGCGCUGCGGGCGCUGGGGCGGCGGCAGGAGGGCGUCCCCGGCCUCGGGCUGCGGCGGGGCGCCCUGCCGAGCCCUGCGGGAGGAGGCGCGCCGGGCGGGGCCGAGGCCUUCCUCCUCGCGGGCGCGGCGGGGUCGGGCCGCGGCGAGGCCCUCAGCCCGGCCGUGCACGCCACCGCCAUGGCCACCGUGGCUCGCUGCGAGCUGGCGCUGGGGUCCCAGGUGGAGUGGUCGGCCGUUGCCCAGUGGUUCGCGGCCGCCGAGCACGCCGUGGCGCAGGCGUUGCCCCAGCAGGCGCUCACGAGCCACACGCUGGGCAUCGUGUGGGAGGCGCUGAGCUUCGCCGCGGCGCAGCUGCCUGACGAUCGCCGCGAGGAGAAGGGGGCCGCCGAAAAGGUCGUGACAACAGUCGGGAAAGCCGUUCGCCAGCAGCUCAAGAGUGCGAAGGAGGACAACAUGUGGUCAUACUCUGUGGCGUCGGCCACGGCCGUCCGCUUGAACACCUCGAGGGCGCCCCGGAGACAGCUCGAGUCCCUGGAGAAGCUGGCGAGGGCCCAUGCCGAGCGGUACCGGGACGAGGUUCUCCCAGGCAUCAACGUCAGCGAGCAGUGCACCUGCGGCCCCGUGGUCGGCCUUGCGCCCCUGGCGACGCUGCUGCAGGACUCGAGCCUCGCGCAGCUGGUGAUCGAAUUGGUGGACAAGGACAUCCGACUCUUCCAGGUGCCGCAGGACUUCGCCUCGGAGGAGGGCGCCCAGCUCGGCGCCCUGGCCGAGCCCUGGCGCCUGCGCGGCGCCUUCGUGCGCCACCCCGCGCAGCUGCAGAGGGAGGGCCGGCCCCAGAGCUUGCGCGUGGACGACACGGCCACCUGCCUGGCGGCCGUUUCCGCGGCGCUGGGCAUGGUGGAGUCCAUGCUCGGCGUCGACGACGCGGACCUGCGGCAGCAGCACCCCGGCCGCCCUGCCGGGCCCGGGCGGCCAGGGGCGCCCGCGGGGGGCGAGCUCUGA